AUGGCGUACCGCAACAGCAGAUGGCCAAAUACUUACGUGAAGGCAGGCCAAUCCAAUUCGAAAGGAGAUCAAUACGGCAACAUCACGACCGAUGAAAUCAGACUCGACCUCACGCACAUCAAUCACGAUGGCAAUCGCCCCCAAUGGCCGCUUUCAUCAUACGCACCCGGCAGGAACCCUCCACGGCAGCUGAUCGAAGGACCGCUCGAGAUCAGUCCUGAAGAGAUGCGAGUCCAAUGUUAUCUGGCUCGAGCAAACGGCAAGGGGGACGAAUACAUCAGCCAGGAGAAUCAGCUCAUCAGCCAAUCCCAGCAACAAGCCCAAACCAUUCUCAGUGGUCUCGAGGCAGCCAGAAACUAUGUGAUAGAUGGACAGAACCACCACCCUAACCGUACCGACAUGGAGAUCAAGCCGACGCAGAACUUCCCCUGGGUCAACAAGCCCGGUCUCUCUCAGAUAUCGCAAUCGCAGUCCCAGACGGGUGGUUUUGGACAGACUUCAGCAUUUGGCGGCGGGGGCACGAACACGACGAGUGCCUUUGGACAGCCUUCUUCACUGAGCACACCCAAACUGGCAUUUGGAGCACCUACACCAGCCGCAAGUAGUCCUUUUGGAGGUGCUCAGAAGCCAGCAGCAUUUGGGCAGGCAUCUCAACCUGGUCAGUCUUUGCAGCCGGCGUUCGGACAGUCAGACUUUGGUUCAGCGGCGAAGCCAGCAUUUGGGGCACCGAGUCAACCAGGAGCGUUUGGACAACCAGCACAGACGUCUUCGCCAUUCGGCCAGCCAUCGCAACCAUCACAAACAACUUCAACAUUCGGCCAACCGUCGCAAGCAACACCUCCAACACAACCAUCAGCAUUCGGCGGUGGACAAACAGGUGGCUCAGCAUUUGGUCAACCCUCGGCUUUCGGUGCUGCCAAACCAUCACCCUUCGCUCAAGCUGCACAGAACGCGCCACCACAAUCAGGAGGCUCAGCAUUCGGUGCCAGCAAGCCCUCCCCCUUCGCUACAGCAACCCAACCCACCACUUCAAGUCCUUUCGCCAUAGCAAACAAACCCACGACCUCCAGUCCAUUCGGCACCGCAUCCAACCAGCCAGCGACAUCAAGUUCCUUCGGCGCUCCAAGCAAACCCACAACAUCAAGCCCCUUCGGCGCCCCAUCACAACCCACAGGACCAUCAACCGGCUUCGGCGCCGCAUCAAAUCCCACAGGAGAUUUUGGCACAUCCUCCAACACCACAGGAGGUUUCGGCACAACAACCAACAACACAGGCGGAUUCGGCACCGCCGCAGCCCAACCCAGCGGCCAAAAGUCCAUCCCCCAAACCUGGAAAGGCCACCGUGUCCUCCAAGAAGGCAACAACCUCACCUACUACCUAGUCCCCGCGCCCACCCCAAAAGACCCCUCCGCGACCAAGAAAAUCCGCAUCUGGUUCCCCACAGGCGCCCCCGAAGCCAAGGACGCUUCGUACGCGGAAGCUGCGUCGCCGGACGUGUACGAGGGCCAGCUGGGCGAGACGCUGAAGAGUCUGUAUGAGUUUGUGGCGAUGAAUGCGACGUUCAAGGAUGGGAUUAUGCCGGAGGUUCCGCCGAAGAGGGAAUGGAUUACUUGGGACUUUUAG